GUACAAGCCGCUCUCGAGCGCAAACAAUCCAUUCAUUGAUACCAACCCGGUCGCAAACGAUCGCUUUGCCUAAUGGAUCCCUCGAAAUCCCAAGUAAAUCGCCCAGCAGUGGCCAAUCCCGUACCCAAUGCCCCGAGCGGAUCACGGCCCAGCCUCUCCGCAUCGACUCUGCAAUCCGCACCGAAAGCGCCUCUACAGCCGUCACCAUGGGCAGCGCAGACCAGCACCUUCCACGUGCAAGCCGGUGGAAGCCCCCACUUCCCCCAAUUCUCAGCGGCCACAGCGGAGAUCCUGAAGCGAUUGCAGGCGAGUCAGGAAAAUGCGACAGGGACGCCGGCCUUCGAGGCUAAGAGAGCGGAGGUGCUGCAGAAUUAUGUUACGAGCGAUAAGCUGCCGACGCCUCCUCCAAUUGCGAAUACCGGGCGGAGAGGAAGAGGAGGUGGGAGAGUAGGGACGCCGCUGAAGACGGAGGCUGGCGCUGGCUCUUCUGGCUCGACGCCCGCGUCUGGAAGGGGCUCUGGGAGGGGAAGGGGACGGGGAAGAGGUGGCGGAAGAGGUGGAAAGCGGAAGAGGGCUGAGAGCGUGGACAGUGAUGACGACUCGGAUAUCUCAUCCUCAUACACGCCACUACCGACGCGAACGAAGUCUGGUCGCAAUGUGAACAAGCCCGUCGCAUUCGUGCCGACACUCCCGGAGCCCACACCAGGCGUCAAGCGACGGAGAUCGACCAAGACCAUACUUGCGGCGCAGUGCAAGAUCUGUCACCGAGCUACCGAACCGGGCAAUAAUCGCAUUGUCUUUUGCGACGUGUGUAAUACUGCAUAUCAUCAAUACUGCCAUGAUCCGCCAAUUGACAAUGAGGUGGUCAACGUGCUGGAGAAGGAGUGGCUAUGUGGGCCUUGCGAGAGGUCGAAGCAAAACGUCAUCGAGGGAACGGACGGCCUCGCUACUGCAGUGGGCCUAUCGAUAGAAGACAAACGCGCAUACUUCGCCACUCUCCCUCAAGCCCAUCUAGUAUCCCUCCUCCUGCACGCCACAAUCCGCCACCCCGAACUCCCUCUCUUUCCACCAAACGUCCACGAUCUAAUCCCCGAGCAACCCACAGGAUCGAGGACCAAAUCAACACCCCAGACCGCCGCACAGCAACCCCCAACUCCCCAAGCUCUCGUGACCCAAUCCGUAACCUCCCCGCCCAACGGCCACGGCGGCUCUACAGGCGGCACCCCUCGCUCCCAACACAUCGCAACCGAUAGCUCAGAAAUGGAUCCUGCAGAAGCCCAGCUCCUCGGCGAAAUCCGGCGCUCGCACCAAACCCAGCCAUCUCCCGCAAAACCCCAAGCUCAAACAUCUGCCGCCGCUGCUGCUACUGCUGCCAACACAGGCAGUGGAGAGCAGCAGCUGGACGAAUACGACGAGGAAUACGACACCGAUCCCCCAGCACACUAUCCAAAGGCUGGAAACGGACUCGCGAGAACACUCAGGCCAGAGAGCGAGGAUCUGCAGUGGAUGAUUGACGAUAAUUUUGAGGUGUUCAGUCAUGGGUGGAAGGGCGAUGGGACGGGGCUAGGCGCGGAUGGCACGUUGAAUGGGCUGGGGGAGGCGAUGGAAGGGGUCGAGGGCGGCAAAGCUUAGGAGGCUACGAAGAAGCGAGGUGGAGACGAGCGUGGGUCGAGUGAGCUGUCUGAGAUGGCGGAGGAGGGCUUGGAAAGACUCAAGGCAGGACGAAGGAGCGAGAGCGAGAGCGAGCUCUCGGAAAUAGCAGAUGAGGAAUUGGAGAAGCUGGGUCGAGAAAGAAAAGUGGUUAAAAAGGUCCGCUUCUCGCUGUGAGAUGGUAGACCAACACGUUCAGAUAUUGGAUCCAUGGCAACGGCGUCCGGACGGAAGACGAUGAUCCUGGAUACUGGGAGCAUAAUGAUAGUCUUCUCACCGGAAAAGAGACGAGCCUGAAGCCAUCAUUCUGUUAAUCAACUAUUUCACCGUUCAGUCCGCACAACAAGUGAACACCACGAUCGGAACCGCUACGAGCAGUGCGAGACCUCAGCUUGAGCAGCCGUCCUUGAACUCCAUUCCAUGCUAGGGUAUAUAAUGCUAUACAGAGACGCCGAGAGUAACUUGAAACU